CGGUCUUCCUUUCCGUUCGUCAGGAGCGAAGAUGGCGGAGCAUCGGUCUGUGCCAAGUGAUCUCUACAAGCACGUCUACUCCUUCCUGCUCGAGAACAAAUUCACCAAAGCCGCAGAACAGUUCUCGAAGAAGGCCAAAGUGAAACCUCUGGCCCAGAAUGAAAACAGCCUCCUGGACAUCUUCAAUUUCUGGGUGAAGUCGCCGGAAGCCAAGAAGCGCAAAGCGCUGGCCAACGGGGUUCCCAAGAAAAGCGCUCCCUCGGCCAAGAAGGCAAGGAAAGAGGCGUCGUCUUCCAGCGGCGAAGAGGAGGCUGCGCCCACGGUGAACAAGGCAUCGGCAAAGAAGACUGCAGGCGCUGCCAAGGAGAGCAGCAGUGACGACUCCAGCGACUCUGAGGAUGAGGCCCCUGCCAAGAAGGUUCCUGCUAAGUCUGCAGCCAAAGCCCCUGCGCCGGCUCCAGCCAAGACCCCGACGAAGACCGUGGCGGGCAGGAAGAAGGACACCAGUUCCAGCAGCGAAUCCUCAGACUCCGAUGAUGAGGUGACAGCAGCAAAGGCCUCGGCCACCGCUGCUAAGAAGACAACCCCAAAAGUUGUCAGCAAAAGUACCCCCAAAGCCACUGCUGCCACCGCCACCCCAAAGGGUGUCACCAAAAAGCCUUCCGUCCAGAAGAAAGAGGAAAGCAGCAGCAGCAGCAGCGACAGUUCCAGCGACUCGGAAGAAGAGCCACCAGCCAAGAAGCCUGCGAAAGCACCAGUCCCUGCAAAGACGCCCCCAGCAGACUCGAGCAGCGAAGAUUCUUCUUCAGAGGAAGAGGACACUCCCCCAAGUAAGAAGCCUAAAUCAGGACCAUACAAUGCAGUCCCACCCCCGCCGGCCGUGCAGAAGUCCACUCCGGUCACGGCCAAAAAGAGGGCAGGUGAGGACACGAGCAGCAGCGAUGACAGCAGUGACGACAGUAGCGAUGAGGAGGAGAAGACGACAGUGCCUGUUAAAACUGCUCCAGCGAAAUCCACCCCAGCAAAACCCGCCACCCCUAAACCUGCUGCUAAGAAGGCAGAAUCAAGCUCAGAAAGUUCUGAUUCCAGCUCCGAAGAAGAAGAGGAGACCAAAAAACCUGCAGCUAAGGUGACCCCUGCCAAGGCUGCAGCCACCAAGACGCCGCCCGCAAAGACCUCAGCUAAGAAAAAGGAAGACUCUUCUUCCAGCUCUGAGUCCGACAGCUCUGAUGAGGACAAGGCUCCAGCUAAACCAGCCCCCAAAGCCGUGGCCACCAAAAAGCCCACAGCAGCAGCCUCAACCCCCAAAAGAACUGCCAAACCUGCACCUAACACCAAGACCAGUUCCAGCUCUGACUCAGACAGUUCCUCUUCUGAAGAUGAGGCAUCGGCCAAACCCGCCGCUCCUGCUACCAAGUCGGCAUCUAAACCGGCCACCCCAGCCGGAAAACCGGCAGCAGAAAGCGACAGUUCCGAUUCUGACGACGAGACCGAGUCCGCUAAACCAGCAGCUACGCCGGCUGCCGCGAACAGGACUGCUUCCAAGGCCAAACCCCCUGCCGGCAAGGCAGCCGCAGACUCCAGCAGCAGUGACAGUUCGGAUAGUUCCAGCGAUGAAGAUGAGGGGAAGAAAACGCUGGCUGCACCCAGCAAGGCCACGCCUGCUAAGGCCAUCCCUGCUAAAAGCACACCUGCUAAGGCCACGCCCACCCAAAAAACAAAGCAAGACAGCAGUAGCAGCUCUGACUCUUCCGACAGUUCCGACUCCGAGUCUGAGGCCAAGAAACCUACCGUGAAGCCUGCAGUGGUCAGCGGCAAGGCAGCGGCACCUGCUAAAACCGCACCUGCUCAAAAGAAGAAGCGGGAGAGCAGCAGCUCGGACUCUUCGGACAGUUCCGACUCCGAGGCCGAGGCCCGGAAGACACCCGCCAAGCCUGCGGUGGCCAAUGGCAAGAAAGCGGUGCCGAAAAAGCCCACCCCUGCCACAUCAAAGACGGAAGACUCUUCAUCUUCUAGCGACAGCAGCUCUGACGAGGAGGAGAGCACCGCCAAGAAGGUGAAUGUGAAGGGGCAGGAGAAGGCAAAGACCCCCAAAGGAGCUGCUACACCCAACAGUGCAAACGGCAAAAGGAAAAGGAAUGAAGAAUCGUCAUCGGAAAGUGAGGACAAGGUGGGGGAAGAGGUGUCUACCCAAGUUAAAACUCCCAAGGACAAGAAACUGAAGACCUCCACCCCGCAUUCUUUCCCCAAGGCCAAGCAGAAGAAAAGCAACUCUCCCUUCCGCAGAAUAAAAGACGACGAGAUCGCUGUGGAUCCCAGGCUGCUGGACAACUCCUUUGACGCCAAGCUGGGGUCUAAUGGCGACUGGGGCCAGAAAGCCAAUGAAAUGCUGAAGUUCACAAAGGGCAAGUCCUUCCGCCACGAGAAGACCAAGAAGAAGCGCGGAAGCUACAAAGGCGGGACGAUCUCCACUGCUGUUAACUCCAUCAAGUUUGAGAGUGACUGAGACCCAGCCCCAUCCCUCAGUGUCCCUUCACAUCCACGCUUGACCCGAACCCCUUCGCCGUUAUGGCUCGUUUCCAGGAGCUCACUGUGAAACAUCCCUCCUCUUGAACUCAAGCCAGUUCCAAAGACAGAAACUGGGUUUUCAUUUGGCGCAGCCAGGGAGGUUGACCGUACCAUCGUCCUGCUCUUCGACAGCACCUCCCUUGACUGGGGCAGCUGCCGCAGUUGUACCCUUAGCCUGCAGGUGGCACCAUUCAAAAGCUAAUCAUUUGGACAUCUCAGUGGUUCAUUGAGAAACAUCACUUCUUCUCCCUCGUUCUUUCGGUUGCCCUAGAAAUCGCUUCAAUGUUUAACAUUUUCUAUCUUAAAAUAAUUUUUCAUGCCAAGCUUCAAAUUUUCUUUGUGUGUGCUCUUCACACUACCAGCUGAGGAGCUGGGAAACAGCAUACAAGGUCUUUAAAUUUUAUGUUUGAGUCAUGGAGAGAACAUUGUUUUUGCUUGCAGUGGUAAUUUUCAGCCCAGGUCACAUUGGCAGUUUUCCUCUCUCCAAAGUAGUAGUUUUAAUGUACAUAUUUGUUGACUUUCAUUGCGUUGACCACAAGCCAUAUUCUGUAAGUGUAUUUCAGUAGUUCAGCUGCCAUGUGACCAAGUUGAGGUUUGUGGUCUGAAUGUCCAUGCUCAGUAGCUACUGGAAGGGUCCGCUGGUGGCUCCCUGACAGCAGGGAGCUGCACAUUUAAACGGUUGUCAUCAACUCCCCCUUUUUAAUGUUAAGAAAUUUCUAUUUUGAGCAGUAAUCGUUUGGGUUAUAAUGCAAACCUUGUUACUGUAAUAAAAGGGCCGCUGGAUAAAAUAUUAAAACCUGUUUCCGAGUCUGAUUCGACACGCUCCCGUGGUUACUGUCAUGUUGCACAUUCAGUGUACCGUUCUAUAUUUGUCACAAGUUUGUCUGUCUCACAAAGCAACCACACCCACCCACCAGUAGCCCUAACCUUACCUUGUGUUACUCAUUAGAUCUGCUUGAAAUCUCCCGAGGCCGUGUUCGUUAACGAUAAUGGGACUCCGCUUCUGCAGCUGCCUGUGCUUUCUGGUGGAAUA